AUGCAAGUGAUAACUGCUGACAUGACCACAGAAGAGGUUCAAUAUCUUAACGAAUUGUCCAUUAACAAACUGUUACAACUCAAGAGCUCAUUGACAGAUUUUUCUACUGAAUAUAGCAACGAGACAGAAACAACACCUGCUUACAUUGAACAUUUUGGAGCACAAGCGAUGGCUUUCAAAGCACCGCCGAUAAAGAGGAUGGAGUACGAAGAAGGCUUAUACAAAAAGGGCGGAUACGGAAAAAUAAGCCACAUUUUUUCAAUAUCGAUAACUGCUCUAGCUUUUUUAGCAUUUGGUGGUUAUUUACUAUGUCUUAUAGUACAAGCAGUGAAAUCUAAACAAAAUACAAUCGUCACAACUCCAACUCCGACCUUCUUCGUUAAUGCAGGGAUCAAAAAGCCUCAGAAUACUUUUAACUCUUACGGACGACGAAAAAUUCAAAAAAGGGAAUUGAAUGAUAUCGAUGUGCCACCUGAGGAAUUGUUUACAGCAUUAUUACAGUUAUGCGAGGGCUACGCAAAAUGGAGCAAAGGCAUUGAAAAUGUACAA